AUGCGUCCCGACACCAGAAACACAGUCGACCGUCUCGACCGCCCAAGCGCAUACUACAACAGCAGAAACAAGCGGCGACGCGAGCGAGACGACGACACCGCCAAUGGUGACACCCCCGCCGAACCGCCCGCCGACCCUCUGGCCAACGCAACCACGCUCUACGUCGGCAACCUCUCCUUCUACACGACUGAAGAGCAGGUCUACGAGCUCUUCUCCAAAUGCGGCGAGAUCAAGCGUCUUGUCAUGGGACUGGACCGCUUCCAGAAGACACCCUGCGGCUUCUGCUUUGUCGAGUACUACACGCACCAGGAUGCGCUGGACUGCAUGAAGUACAUUGGCGGCACCAAGCUUGACGAACGCAUCAUCCGAACGGAUUUGGAUUCCGGGUUCGAAGAGGGCAGACAAUAUGGCAGAGGCAAGAGUGGUGGCCAGGUGAGGGAUGAGUAUCGAGAGGACUUUGACGAGGGUCGAGGCGGUAUCGGCCGCGCCCUGCAGCGGGAGUAUGACGAAGAGGAUCGGUAA